GUUGCCUAGUGAUUCACAUAGGAAGUAUUUAUUCAGUAUGAAAUGAUCGAUUUUGGAGUUUAAACUGGCAAAUAUGUUCCGGAAGGUUUACUCCAGUAACCCCAGUUCGCCUCGGAACAAUAACCCGGAGGUUCAUAGGUCAAGCAUCGGAUGGCAAAAGGGUCCCCGGCAGUUUGGUACUGUGACACCACCACGAGCUAGAAAACCAUUGAUAAGAACUUCAUCAUUUGAAAAUGAUGUCAAAGUCCCACCUGUUUCUAGAAGGGAUCGGUCAAUUAUUCCGGCCAUUCCUAAGUUUGCCGAAGGACUUAAAUCAGUUGAAGUGAGAGAAGGAGCUUUUGCGGAGUUGUGCUGCAAGAUAACUGGAAAUCCAGUGCCGAUGGUGACAUGGAUGAAAGACCGUGAUGUGUUGAAUCUACCAACUGACAGAAUGUCACUAGAAGUUGAUGACGAACAAUAUAUUCUCACAAUAAACCCUGCAAAAGCAGAAGAUCGAGGACGGUACUCAUGUAUAGCUUCCAAUAGAUUGGGGAAGGCAAAUUCAGCGGCAUUGUUGAAUGUACACAUAAGCGUAGGAUUCAAUAAUGCUGCACGGAAGUUUGGAGAAAUUGCAACUCCGAGGAGCUCCACACCAUCAACGCCGAGGAGUUAUAAAGGAUCGCUGAGAAAAACUUCAAAUACCGAGGAGAAACAAGAUUUCAACAGCUGUGGUGAUAGUAUUAAAAGUAGUGACAGUGGAAUCAGCAGACCUUCAUCGAGAGAAACAAAUUCCUCGUCAAGUUCUUUUCCCCCUUCAGUAUUCAGCGACUGUGUAUCAGCGUCUUCACAAGGACUCUUUUCUCCGGAUUCUUUAUUUGGUAGCAUGGGAUCUUCAGGAGAUCGACCGCCACAGUUUACUAAUCAACCACGACCUCAAGUGGUCGAAGAAGCGGAAUCCGUUACUUUUGAUUGCAAGGUAGAUGGAAGUCCGAAGCCAACAGUAUCCUGGUUUAAGGGAUCUAUAAAAUUACAGCCAUCCGAUCGUAUAGAAAUAUCGGAAAAAUUGGGAACGUACUUCUUGAAUAUACAUGAAUUAAAAGCAACUGACGCUGGCACAUAUAAGUGCGUGGCCAUGAAUAGAUCAGGCAAAUCUACAGUUAGCUUCGAGCUGAGGCUUGCAGCCAGAGGACCAACGAAAUCUGUCACCGAUGCUGCACCAACGUUUUCUCAGCCUUUGACUGAGGUUGAAGUCAAUGAAGGUGGAAGAGCUCGAUUUGAAUGUAAAAUUGAGGGAAAACCAAAACCUACUGUCACGUGGGAAAAGGACGGAAAAGAGAUCACAGCAAGUAGUCGUGUUCGUAUUAUGGAAAUGUAUGGAACUCAUAGCCUAGUAUUAUCACGUACGGAUCACGCAGAUACAGGAACAUAUUCUAUUCGGGCAUCUAAUCACGUCGGCAACGAGACUUGUUCUGCACAAUUGCGAGUGAAAGAAUCUUCAUACUCCAGCCGCUCUAGUACUCCAAGAGGUCGUCGAUCUGGGCAGGACAGUUCAGAAGUGGCCACACCCACCUAUUCUAGCUCCGGUAGUCCAGCAACGUCAGCCCUGAGUUCUCCAUCCAUGUCGCCCAAAUUGGGGCGCGCCGCCAAUUCGCGGCUAGUUUCAGGAUCAGUAUCGUCAUGGACUACAGAGAAAUCUCGUUCGAGCAGCGGAAGUGGGUCGUCACCAAGACGCAGAGCACCGGGAUUUAUCUUACGACCAAGGCCCCAAAAUGUCGAAGCUGGAGAAAAGCUCAUUCUCAAAUGCACCAUACUUGGUCAUCCUAAACCAACUAUAAUAUGGGAACGCGAUGGAACCAAAUUUGAAGAUAUCAACGAUGAUCGGGUGAUUAUUCGUGAAGAUGGAAACGACCAUUACCUUGAAAUUGAAGACUGUAAUGCAGACGACGCUGGGAAAUAUUCUGUUCAGGCUAAAAAUUCACUGGGCAGGCAAACAGCUACCGUGGAUGUUCAUGUUCUUGGAGCGGGAAGCAAAGGUUACGAAAAGCCAAGUCGUACCGUUGUCCAUAGCAAUGAAAUUACAGAUAAGCUCAAUAACAACACUACUCGCGGCAACAAGUCACAACACCUUGAAAUUACCAUAAAUUCGUCAAAUAGAAAUUUAGCUUCAUCACGCAUAUCCACAUCUUCGUCACGCUCGAUAUCAUCCAACGAAGAUACUAUGACGUCUCCAUAUAGAUCAAGAAGAUCUAACCAAGUUGCACCAACCUUUACAAGAAGGCUUUCAAGCACUCAAGUUUUAGAAGGCGAAGACUUGGAAUUGAAAUGCGAAAUAACCGGCACCCCUACACCCGAAUUGACUUGGACAAAAGAUGGCGUUCCUAUUUCGAACCGUGAGGCGAAUACGAAUAUAAACGUUCGAAAUGGAGUCGCUACUCUGAGGGUAUCUGGAGUGAAGUCCUCACAUGCUGGGGAAUAUCUUUGUUUGGCGAAAAACGAUGCUGGUGACUCGAAAUGUAGCAGCAGAGUGACAGUAAAAACUAAGCAAAAACAAAGCAAGCCAAAGUUCACAAAACCACCAAAAGAUGUUCGAAUUGCCGAGGGAGAAACUUUGACCCUGGAAGCGGAAGUGAGCGGAAUGCCCUCUCCGGAAGUACUCUGGUCACUAGAUGGAGAAGAAAUUUCGGACGGCGAUUGCUUUUAUCGUAACAACAUCGCAAAACUUGUAUUGCGCAACGUAACAAUGGCAAGUAGCGGUCAAUAUAUGUGUACUGCAAUAAAUGAUGCCGGUGAGGAUUCAGUAGCUUGCAGAGUUCGGAUAAAACAAAAGAGAUUAGACGUACCUCCUGAAUUCACUGGACCUUUGUCUGAUAUCAAGACAAAGGAAGGAGAAGAUAUUUGUUUGAAAUGUAUGCUGACUGGAACACCCGAGCCCAGGGUGCAAUGGUGCCUAAAUGAAGAGGUUUUGGAACCAGGAGACGGAUUGGAAAUGACCCUAAAAGGCGGGGCAGCCAUACUUACUCUUGAACAAGUUACUCCCGAAGACUCAGGAUGUUAUAGCUGUAUUGCCACAAACAAUGAAGGCCGAGCACAGACUAGCUGUCAAGUUGUUGUUUCAGAACUACCUGAAAAAGCGCCUCCAAUUAUUGAAAGAGCGCCUGAGUUCGUUUCAAAAUUCGAAGAGUACACGAGAGCAAUGGAAGGAGAUACGGUGACGUUUGAAUGCCAGGUCAGAGGGUCACCGGAACCGGAAAUAACGUGGAAAAUUGAUAGAAAACUUGUUAAAGGAGCACAACAAUCAUUUGAGAACGGACGAGCAAUAUUGACAAUAAAUUCUGUUACUCCCGAUCACGGAGGCAACGUUGUAUGCACCGCUAAAAACGCUGCCGGCCAAUCUAGUAAUGAAGGACGGUUGUAUAUUAGAGCCAAACGAGAGGCACCCAGUUUUCUUACAAAACUACCCGAAUCUGUUGAAGUCGAUGAAGGACAAGAAGUCACUUUCGGUUGCCAGGUUAAAGGUCAUCCUCAACCACGCGUGACGUGGACACGAAAUGGUCGAUCACUCAGCGUUCUGAACUCGGAGACAUCCUAUGAAGAAGGUAAAGCCAGUGUACGUAUUCGUAAAGCUGGAAGCAGCGAUGGAGGAAAAUAUGUUUGUACAGCAAGAAAUUUGUCUGGAGAAUCAGAGUCGGUCUGUGUUGUUACCGUUUGCGCGAAACAGGAAAUCAAGAAACCUAAUUUUACGAAAAAUCUGCAAAACCUAAAUUUAGAAGAAGGAGAGGACAUUAGGUUAAUGUGCGAAAUUGCAAACACGCCUGAUCUGCAGAUAAUAUGGAUGUUGGAUGGUCAAAAAUUAGAAGCUGAAGACGGUGAUGCUUCUUAUAAAGAUGGAGUGGCCCGUAUGGUAUUAGAAGACGCCAUGAAGGAAGAUUCUGGAGUAUAUGAAUGUAUAGCAAAAACGAAAGGCGGGGAAACAAAGACAAGUUGUAAAGUUAAUGUAGCAGCUAAAAAAGUCUCCGAAGAAGGUCCUUCGUUUCCCAUCCAAUUAGAAGAUAUGACUAUACAAGAAGAUCAAGAUAUAUUGUUGAAAUGUCAAGUAAAAGGAAAUCCACGCCCAACGAUUACUUGGCUUUUGGAUGGUGACCCCUUGACAGAUGCCGAUUGUAAAUAUGCGGAAGAUGGUCACAUAGAAUUAUUUUUACCGGAAGCACUCCCGGAAGACGAAGGAGUUUAUACUUGCAUCGCUCAAAAUAAACUAAAAAGGGUGAUGUGCUCUUGCAAAGUAACUGUUAAAGAACAUCCUAAACCACCAAAACGAAAUGUCACACCCAAAGUUGAGCCAAAAGAGCCCGUCAAAUCUCCUGCUUCAAGCAAGAAAUCUACACCUACGACAAGCAUGACUCAUAUGAAUGGAACCGAUGGAACGGCCAAAGUACAAAGCAGUCAUCAAGCGCAAUCAUCGGAAGACGAAACAACGGCUCAUGAUGGUCCAGAUAGACCUCCAACGUUCUUGGAAGAUUUGGAAGACAGAAUCGUCCCAGAUGGUUCGAUAAACUACAGGCUAACGGCUCGUGUUGCUGGAUGUCCACCUCCUGUUGUUAAGUGGUUCGUUAACGACGAAGAAAUUGAGGAAUCAGAUGAUUUUAAAUAUGAAACAGAUGCUGAGACAAGAACCCUCGUUUUUGCUGAAAUUUUUCCAGAAGACAGCGGAAUUUACUCUUGCGUUGCUAAAAACGCAGCAGGAGAAGCCAACGCGCAAAUGAAAAUGACCGUUGAAGAAAUUGACGGAGAUCCGCCAAAUUUUAUGCUGAAACCCAGACCUGUUACAGUAAACGCUGGAGAAACUGCGUUAUUAACAUGUAAAGUUGACGGAGAGCCUACUCCGACAGUAAAAUGGUUAUAUUGUAAUCGCCCAAUUACUGGAAACGAGAGACUGAAGAUCAGUGCAGCAAAUAGCAGCAAUAGCUACACGCAUUCAUUAGAAAUUGUUGAAACCAGAAUUGAAGACGCUGGCAGAUAUGCAGCUUGCAGCAGCAACCUCCUUGGUGACGUCACAUGCACCGUGUCCUUGAUCGUUAAUGCAGCUAAAAAACAAGAGGAGAAAAAAGAUUUCAGAGGAGUAUUGAAGAAAUCUACUUCAAAAGGCAAAAUGGUUCAAGAUUCCCAACCUGAACAGGUCGAUUUUCGGGGAGUUUUGAAGAAAACUGAACAACCUCUCAGCCCGGAACCAACUUCAUCUAAAAGAGAAGAAGAACAGCCUGAUUUUAGGGAAGUUUUAUCUCGACCAGUAAAAACGAAAGUACUUUCUGAAGAUGAGCGUAAAAAACUUCGAGCCGAACAGAAAGAUUUUCGGUCAAAUUUGGUCCGAAAAGUUGAAACCAAGCAAGUGACCAAUGACGCAAUUAAAGUGAAACAGGCCGAACAGAAAGACUUCAGAGACGAAGCUUUGAAGACGAAAGUUAGAACAAAAGCCUACGAAGAGGACAAAAUAAAAUCUAAAAUGGCGGAACAGAAAGAUUUUAGAGGCGAAGCACUCAAAACCAAAGUCGUUACUAAAGCUUACAAAGAAGAAAACACUAAGAUGAAACGAGCGGAACAAGUCGAUUUCCGAGAAGUACUUUCUCCUUCGAAGCGUCACACAAGCAAAGAUGACCCGGAAGUAGACACGGAAGAAACGAAAAGUUUUGAACUUCCUGCUGCUCCCGCCAAAAUGAAAAUCAAAAUGGACCAUACUACCGUGGCAACCAGACGAACAAGAACUAGAGGCGCAGAACCUACGACAAGGAGAACAAAAGCUGAGCGGGAAGAACCGAAAGGAAAAGCACCUGAGUUUUUAAAAGCUCUGAAAAACGUCACGGUGAAUGACUCUGAACCAUUUGAAUUAGUCUGUCGAGUUAUUGGAGAUCCAACGCCAAACGUAACUUGGUUUUUAGAAGACGAGGAAAUACAAGCUGACAAUGACAUUUCGAUUACCAGGAAUGGUGAUGAGUGCAAGGUACAAGUCCCUGAAAGCUUCCCAGAUGACGAUGGAAUAUAUGAAUGCCGGGCGGAAAACGAAUAUGGCGUUGUCAAAUGCUCAGCUCGCGUCACCGUGAUUUCUGACGACCCCCAUACUGGCGGAUCUGCUCCUCAAUUUGUCAAGAAACAAACUUCAGUUACAGAGAUCGUACCUGCUUGUAUAAAAGACGGUCCGAAGGACACAGUCAUUAUACGUGGACAUCCUGUCAGUCUGGUCUGUGCGUUAGGCGGAACACCACCACUAAAGUCUGUAUGGCGAAAGGGUAAAAAUGAAAUCAAAUCAAGCAGUCAAUGUAGUAUUGACAUUACAAAUACAAGUGCAGCUUUGACUAUACGUAGCGGAGAAAAAGACGAUUCGGGGUGCUACACUCUUCAAGUCAAAAACUCAGCAGGAGUAGACCAGUUUUCGGUCAAUGUGUCUAUAGUGGAUGUUCCCGAUCCACCUGGGAAACCAUAUGCAAGUGACAUCAGUGGUACAUCUUUGGUUUUGUCAUGGUAUGGAACUGGUUAUGAUGGCGGUAGCACAAUCACGUCGUACCAAGUCGAAAUAGCAGAGAUCAUCUCUGCGUCCAGUGUAUCUCGCAAAUGGUCACGUGUUGCAUCAACAAAAAGUACAUCUUGUACUGUGAAAGAUUUGAAACCAAAUUCAAAAUAUACCUUCAGGAUAUGUGCGGAAAACAAAUAUGGAGUUAGUCGCCCUGGCGAAGAAUCAGAUGACGUCAUCAACACUGUUACAGAAGUGGUAGAAUCAUCUGAAGAUGAAGAUGAACACUUCGAAGCUCAUGGCAUUGUUGUCGUCAAAGCGAACGAAAAUUUUUCACAUAAAUAUGAAACAAAGGAAAGACUUGGACAGGGUCGCUUCGGCAAAGUUCAUCGAGUUGUACAUCGAGAGACUGGGAAGCAAUAUGCUGCUAAAAUCAUGCGAGCACUGAAAGCGAAGGACAAAGAGGCAGUCCAGCAGGAAAUUGACGUCAUGAAUAGUUUACGUCAUCCAAGACUUGUGCAGUUAAUAGACGCGUACAGUCACGGUAGAGAAAUAACCAUGGUCAUGGAUCUGGUCUCUGGCGGAGAAUUAUUUGAGCGCGUCAUCGACGAAGAUUUUGAAUUAACAGAAGCUGCUUGUAUAAAAUACAUGACUCAAAUAUGCGAAGGACUUAAAUAUAUGCAUGAUACCCUCAUUCUUCAUCUUGAUUUGAAGCCGGAAAAUAUAAUGUGCAUUAACAAAACAGGAACUCAAGUCAAAAUCAUCGAUUUUGGUCUUGCAAGAAAAUAUAAUCCAAAAGAAGUUAUACGGGUGAUGUUUGGAACUCCUGAGUUUGUUGCACCUGAGGUUAUCAAUUAUGAUGCCAUCGGACCUCAAACUGACAUGUGGAGCGUUGGAGUCAUAUGCUACAUUUUGUUAUCUGGUCUCUCGCCAUUCAUGGGUGACAACGAUUCAGAAACUCUCUCAAACAUCACCGCCGCUGAGUGGGAUUUUGAAGAUGAGGCUUUUGAUGAUAUAUCAUACGAAGCCAAAGAUUUUAUUCGCAAAUUGCUCGUUAAAAGACUAAACCAAAGAUACACAGUCGACAAAGCACUUGAACACAAAUGGCUGAAAAAAGACAUAAACAAAAUGCAGAAGAGCAAACUCAACACAAAGAAUCUUAAACGAUUCCUUGCAAGAAGAAAAUGGCAGAAAACUGGUAAUGCCGUCCGAGCUUUAGGUCGACUCGCAUCUCUCGCUAACCUGGGAUCACAAAACUCCAAUGCAAAUAAAAUAUCCAACGGACAACCGAGAGAAUCUGGAUUUUUAGCGGCACUCAAAGCCCAACUUUUGCGGGAGAAUGAAGAGGAACAGGAUUUUCACGAAAACUGCAAGCCGAUGUUCGAUACAUUAUUCGAUGAUGUUGAGGUAAUUGAAGGUUCUGCAGCAAAAUUCGAAUGCACAAUUAUAGGAACUCCGGACCCUGAAAUAAUGUGGUAUAAAGACGGAGAACCGAUUAAAGAAUCGCGGCAUUUCAGGAUUUCGUACACCGAAGAUGACGUUUGUACUCUCCUCAUAACGGACACUACCGAAGCGGAUGAAGCCGAAUACUCAUGCAAGGCUGUCAAUUGCGAAGGAGAGACCGAACACAGAGCCGAAUUGAUUGUCAUUACGCCAGUCUCAAAUGAUUCAUCAGAUUCUUUGAACUCAAUUUCAUCUUCGUCACGCUCGACAUCUCUCUCUUAUUCUUAUGUCUAUCCUCCAGUCUUCUGGGCUCAACCUGGCGGAUCAGUUGCCUUUCUUUUUGAGUCGCUAGUCAAUAGUUUCGAUAAGAAAGGAAAUUCUAGUGUCGUCAUCGACGACGCUACUCAACCAAAAUGGUUUAGGAUUACCAAAGGCUCCAAGCUAGAGGGUGACUCCAUAAGGGAAGAAAUACUGGCAACAUGUAGUAACAGAAUUCACAUUCGACAUAAUCAAGUCAAAAAUGGGUUUCCCGAGACAACCAGUGUUUUGGUUAUAUGCAAUGUUUCCGCCCAGGAUGAAGGGAGUUAUGAAUGCGUAGACAGAAAUGGGACUACUACAAUCAAGUACACGCUUCGGAUUUUGAAAGAUUCGAUGUUGCAUAAAAAGUCGAAAGGUUUAUCACCGCAAUUUGUGAAGAAGCCACAAGGCCAGUCAGUUCCAGAGAGAGUGAAUGCCGUUCUUCAGUGUUCAGUACUGGGAAAUCCAGCUCCUAUCAUUCAAUGGUAUCAGUAUGGAACAAGGGUGUUUCCUGGAACUCGUUACAGUUUUGCAGAGGAAGGAAACAACGCCUCUCUUACAAUAUUGGAUACACAUUGGUAUGACAGCGCCAAGUACGAAUGCCGAGCAAUCAAUACUUUGGGAGAGACGUCCUGUCAUGUAGAUUUGUAUGUUGAACCCCCAGAGCACCAAUCAGUUGAAUUCGAUGGUUCGCCAAUGUUUCUCACUAGAACCGAGUCUGCUGAAUUUAUGAUCGGGGACACCGUAGUGUUCAAGUGUACAGUUGCGGGAAUUCCAACACCAAAAAUACACUGGAAAAAAGAUGGCCGCAUGAUAUAUGCAAAUUCAAAGCGCCAAAUGAACUUAGGCCAGGGAGGAAAACACGAUUUAAUCAUCGUUAAAACAGGCUCCUCUGAUGAAGGAAAAUACGAAUGCGUUGCUGAAAAUGAGCGAGGAGUUGCACACUGUGUAUCUUUCUUAAAAAUGAACGGAGAAUCUACAAUCAGAAAACCGUUAACAUUUCAUGAAAAUUCUGAGAAACAUUCUGGAGAGACAAAAUUGAACCAAGUCGCCCCCGCUUUCAUUACCCGGCCUCAUCGUGCGAUAGUCAGAUCUGGAUUGCAAGCUAUUUUUCGAUGUACGGUGCUUGGUCAACCUGAACCCACUGUGUCAUGGUUUCGGAAUGGAAUCCAAAUUGCAACCAAUAUGCAUUUCAAGGUUGAAGAUAUAUUUGGACAUCACUGUCUUCGUAUUUGUUCGACUAAAUUGUCAGAUCAAGGAACUUACAUGUGCACUGCUACCAAUCCUAUAGGUGAGGUGUCCUGUAGUACUCAACUCGAGGUAAAAGCAAGAGAAAACUGCGUUCCUCCGAGUAUUCAAUUUUCAUCUGGUGCUACGCAUCAAGAUGAACAAAUCCAUACAGCACGGGGAUCAGUUGUUCAGCGCAACAUUGAGAAACCCCCGAAGGAAGUUUGGGUUCAUGCUGGGAAGACGAUCAAACUUUCACUCAUGGUUAGAGGAACACCAAAGCCAGAAGUAACCUGGAAUAAAGAAGGAAAACGAAUAUGCAGUGGAAAUAGAUAUGUAGUUUCGUCAGAAAACGAUAAAUACAUAUUAAAAAUAGUUCGUGUUAACAAGACUGACGAAGGAUCUUAUUCAGUUGUGGCCUAUAACUCAGCUGGAAUCACCAUAUCAAACUUAAUCGUACAUGUUCGAGCCAAACCUGUCGUUCCGGUAUUCCAAACUCCACCCGAUAGUUCAAUUACACUCCACAAGUGUGCUGAUGCAAAAAUAAGAUGUGUUUUGGAAGAAACUGCCAGAGAAUCAUCUGCAAAAUGGUCAAAAGAUAAUAAUGUGAUAGUUGACCAAAGUACGGAAAAAUAUGAAAUGAACAAUGAAGGUUCGUUGCGAGAGCUGGUGAUCAAAAAUGUUACUUUGGAAGAUUCCGGGCAAUACUCAUGUACAGUUAAAGAUCAGACAGUAACAAGCACUCUCAAAAUCUGUGAUGAAAGUAGCGAUGAUGACGUCAGCUCAAAUGGGCAAAGUUCAGCUGAUCAACACGAUUCAGUGCCCAACAAUUCAGAUAAUCUCAUUGGCGGCGUUGUUGAGAUUACCCCGGUCGAAACCGAUGAAACGGACAGCGUUGUUGUACCUGCAAAGGAAUUGACAACAUCAGCACAGAUUAUCACCAAUCCGCUUCCAACGUACAUGAAAGUACCUGAAACGGGUACCUUGGUCAUUCAGCACAGUGUUGAUAAGAUGGAUGAAUCAUUCACCUGGGAACUGAAUGGCACGAAACUAGAAUGCAUGGAUCGAUGUACAAUUUCAAAUAACGAAAACAAGUAUUGUCUUGAAAUGAGACAAAUCGAACCAGAGGAUGCCGGAGAAGUCACUUUCAAACUUGAAAACGGUUCUCUAUGCACAACAACAUUAGAGGUUGAAGCUCUCCCGACACCACCUGCAACACUUAGAUUAUCUCAGUUGGAUGGUCAGCGAGUUAGACUUUCCUGGGCUGAAUCUACAACUAAUUCGACCUCACAAAUAUGUGACGUCACAAAGUACGUUAUCGAAAAGAAAACUUUGAAAGAGGACGCAUGGCAGAAGGUGUCUGAGGUAUCUUCCACUGUGAAUUCUUAUACAAUUCCAAAACUUCUUGCUGAAGAGACAUACAUAUUUCGAGUGCGAUCCAAAAACAAUGUUGGCAUCAGCAAAAAAGCAACAGAAUCGGAAAAAUACUUUGUUGCACCACAGAUCUUCCUUUUGCAUGGGUUGGAAAAUAAGGAAAUUGAUGAAGGAGAAACAGCUCAAUUUACUGUCCAACUCAAUAGGGCGGAUGUACAGGCUGAAUGGUUUCUCAACGGUGUAAAACUCGUAACCAGGGGAGAAUCUUGUCAAAUACACUCAACAGGAAAAUCUCACUCAUUGAUUAUGAGAAACUUAUCUGCGACCGGGAGCGCGAGAGUAGAAUUCAGUACUGUUGACAAAAAGAUUACCACCGUAUCAAAUCUUAUCAUUAAAGGAAAACCAGUCACAGUACGAAAUGGACUGCAAGAUGCCACGAUGGUAGAAAAUGCAGAUGUAACUUUUACAGUUGCACUUUCUCGAAACGUGAGAACCUUGGGGCAAUGGCGAUACAAGGGAAAACUUCUUCGAAACAAUCAUGAUAUUGUGAUAGAAAAGAAAGCUGAAUAUCAAACAUUAACAAUGAAAAAUGUGAAAGGCACUGGUGCUGGAACUGUUGAAUUUUGUCUACCUGAUGAAGCAGGAGCAAAAUCGAGCGCUGAACUGUAUGUUAAAAGUUGGUUCGACACAGAACCGUUUCAAAAGAUCGUGGAAAACCCUCCAGAAACAAUGUCUGCCACACCAGGAGAAGACGUUGAAAUAGGUUUAAAAAUUUCCAGUUCAUCAAAAUGUCGACCAAAAUGGAUUCAUAAUGGCCAAAUCAUUCCCCCAAAAAGCAAAAAAUAUGUGAUAAAGCAAGAAGACGAUUUGUUAAAACUUAUUAUCAAGGAUGUUGAAAUAAACGACUCCGGUAUAAUAGAAUGUACGGUAGAUAAAGAUCAAUGUCAAACGAAAAUAAUUGUCGAAGAACAAGCACAGAUAGAGCAAAUACCGGAGCCGGAAGCAAAUCUUUCAAAAUUUUUGAAUAAAUCAAAGGAAGGAAAAGCGGUCCUGGUAAAUUUAAAUGAAGGACAAGAAGCGGGUGAAAUAAGAUGCAAAGUACAAAAUGCUGAAACAGAGGUGGUUUGGAUGAAAGACGGAAAACCGAUUGAUUUUAUCAAUGAAAAUAUUCAGGAGAUUAUCGAAGGAAAGGAACGUAUUCUGCGUUUUUCUAACAUCGAGCUUUCAACAUCUGGAAAAUACCAAUGCUGCAUCAAGUCCGACAUUAACGAUUGUAUUGAAUAUGACAUUUUCAUCAAAGAGCGGCAUCAGGUGAUAUCCACAAAGUUGCCAUCUAUGAUGGAAGUUGUGCUCUACCAAGAUUUAAAACUUAGGGUUACGUUGGAGGACUCGAAUUCUAAAGUCAAAUGGUUGAAAAAUGGAAAGUUGAUUCUGACUAGCAGUAGCCAUAAUAAGAAUAAAGGUGCAACGAUAUCUCAGCGCAUAAAAGAAGAAGUGGAUGGCGAUGACCCGAACCAGAGGAUUCUAGCAAUCAAUCAUGUGACUAAGGAAGACGCUGGAAAAUACACAUGUGAAACAAAACACGAUUCUACCACCGUUGAAAUAAUCGUGGAAGUACCACCUCUGGAAGUUGUUGAACAAAUGUCAGAUGUUGAAAUAUAUGAAAAGGAUACUGCUUCUUUCCAAAUUACGCUUUCAAGAAAACCUACUGACAGCCCAACCUGGAAACUAAACGAUAAACGCAUCGUUAACUCUAACAGAUCUCAAGUGACAUGUUCUGGAACAACUUGCAGCGUGACUGUACGAAUGUUAAUGCGCCCGGAUAGUGGCGUCGUAAAAUUUCAGUGCGAAGAUCUUGUUGCCACAGCUACACUUAGUGUUAAAGCUCCUCCCGCAAUAUUUUCCAAGCCAAUAUCCAACAUCUCAGUACUAGAAGGCAAAGACGCCAUUUUUACUUGCGAGGUUUCAGCAGAAUCUGCAACUGUGGAAUGGAGAAAAGGUGAAGAGGUUUUAAAAAAUUCUCAGAAAUAUGGCAUUGCAAAAGUUGGAAGAUCACGAACACUGAAUGUCAAAAAUAUUUUAUUUGAUGAUGCUGGAAUGUAUGAAUGCCACACUGAAGUCGACGCAACUGAGGCAAAGCUCACAGUUGAAGCUCCAAUACUUGAAAUAGUUGAAGAUAUUGAGGACGUUGAAACGACUUUGAGUGGAAACGCUUCGUUCACACUCAAUCUAUCUCUACCUAAUGUACAAGUAACGUGGUUCAGAGACGGAAAAGUAUUAAGAAAUGUGGAAAAGAGGAUUCAAAUUGCGAGUGAAGGUAGAUGGCACGCAUUACACAUGCGAAAACUAGAACUCAAAGAUUCUGGUUUGAUACGUGUGAAGGUUGAAGACAAAAUUCUGACGGAAGCUGUCUUAGUAGUAAAAAAGCCACCGCCAAUAUUUACAAAAGAGCUGUUCGACCAAGUGAUUGACUUGAAGAAGACAGCAACGUUCUUAUGUGAAGUUUCUGACGCAGAAGCCAAUGUUAUUUGGUACAGGGACGAUAUUGAGAUUGUACCCGAAUCGGAAGACAACUCGUUUCUCAAGUUUCGAUUAUUGAACGAAGGUACGGUUCGUAAGUUGACAAUUGAACGAACAUCUGUUCAUCACGAGGGAAAAUAUUCCUGCAUAAUUGCCGACAGUGGAUAUCGAUGUGCAUGCGAACUUUUUGUUCGACUACCCAAUGUGAAAAUUAUCAAAGAAUUACAAAACGUCGAAGUCUAUGUUGGGGAAGAAGCUGAAUUUAGAACCGAAGUAUCCUGUGCUGAAGUUGAUGGAGAAUGGAUGUUGGAUAACGUGAGACUACACCUUGGAGAUAAUAUUGAAUUUUACAAGGAACAUGAAUUGCGAGUAUUAAAAAUUAGCAAUGUUAAAGAUUCUGCCGCUGUCUCUUUCAAAGCUGCUAAGAACGUGGUAUCUACAUGCAAACUAACAGUAUCCGAUCGUCCGGUGAACAUAGUACGACGACUUUCUGACACAAAUGUUCGAGUAGGGGAUAACAUCAUACUGGAAUGCGAAUUCAAUCAGCCUGGACUGGAUGCGGUUUGGUUAUAUGAUGGUGAAAAGAUUGAAGAAUCAGAGAAAAUGUCGAUAUCAAUAGAAGGUACAAAACAUAUUCUGAAACUGACCGAUGCCAGAUAUGACGACGAAGGAAAUUAUACGUGCAGAUAUAAAAAUAGAAGAACAUCAGCUGAGAUCAAAAUCCGCGAACCACGGGUUCACGUAAUUGAGGAACUUCACGAUGUAACCUUAUCUGAGGGUAUGGAGACGAAAUUGGAAUGUACUUUAUCGUACUCGGGAGCUGAAGUUACGUGGAAGAAAGACGGAGAAAUAGUUGGAACAGAAAUUCAAACAUAUACAGAAAAGGGAGAACAUUUUUCAAAGCACACAUUACUAAUCGUGAAAUCGCAAAUUUCAUCAUCGGCAAUAUAUGAAAUAUUGAUGGGAGAAAGACUUCUCAGUACUUCAAAGGUUGUAGUACGCCCCGCACCUGUGACAAUUUUGCGUGAGAUGGAGGACGCAUACGUCAGAGAUGACGUAGAGAGUACUCAAAUGGAAUGUGAAUUCUCUGGAAGCACAGAUGUCGUAUGGAAAAAAGACCACAAGAAAUUAAAAGUACAUAGCUUAGAUCUAUUGGGAAGACAUCGUAGGUGCUCGAAAUAUUCCCACGCCUCGAGCGAGUUUCGAUUUAAGUCAAUUUAGGAAAAUUUAGGUUUUGACGAAACUACCAAUAUGAAGGAUUAAAAUUGCCAUGUAACGCACGUCAUAUAUCACACGUGCUCGGUGUGUGCAUAAAGCAAUAAAAAUAUUGCAGACUUCUGAAUAGUACAAUUUUGUGGGUAACAAUUUUUUAGGUACUGAACACAAUUUUUAUAUUUUUUACGUU